AUGCAAGCUGCCGAGCAAAUACGACAGAAUUCUCUAACAGCUGCUGGAUCUGCAGGAAGUGCGGGAGGGCUUCAGAAUACGGCUGGUACUGCCUGGGAGGAGCACAGAAGAAUUUUUGGUUAUAGGCCGUCAUCUGGGGCAUCGCGGAGCCGGCCGGGUAGUGGAAACAGCAGAGGGAGAGGAAGAAGGCAGCCAGCAGCAUUCUCGCCAUAUUUCCAUCGUAAGAACACGUGGACAAGAGCGUUCGUCUGUCUGGCUUUCAGCGAGCAAAAUGCGCUUCCUUCCACAAGCGAAAGAAUCACCCUUACACUAAACGGUCUUGGCGAGAAAAAGCUACAAUUUCCAUGGAACGGUAAUGCAGCUCAAGUCCACGAGGUAAUAAUCGAUGUGUUUCCUGCCCUCCAAACGGCUGGUGGCUACGAGGUCCUUCGAACUGUCGAUGGCAGGUCAAAGGACCUCAUUUCCAUCCCAACGCCUGCAAGUGGAAUAUCCGUACCAUUUUUGAAGAGCGUGCUGGGUCAAGCCAAAGGCUUUCUGCGGCCUUUACAGAAAGAUAUUGUCAUCCAAGAGGAGUUACCAGAAGGAAAGGCUGCGCCAUGCUCACAGGUUGGUCAAAUACGAUAAGCUUAAUAUAGACCUUGUCACGGGUUUCGAUGCCAUCUUGACGAGUAGGCAAACGCGUGAGAAAUUACAGUGAUUGUAUGAGAAUGUGAUGCCGAAUAAUUUCUGUAGAACGGCUGUUCUGAAAAAAAAUGUGAACUGUAAACUAAAGCUACACUCCUAAGGAUUCUGCUGAAGAAGAUUGAGGGCGUUAAAUGCGCUAGAAGACCUAGAACCACUUUUUAAAAUUUUCUAUACAUUUGUCUGUAAGAAAUUCCUGGGAAAAAUUACAGACAAAUGUAUGGGAAAUCUAAAGCAAUCCUCUGGAGAAAUUUAAGCACAGUUAUGCCCCAAAAAUGUUUGAGUACAAUCCUUUGUUUUCUAGCUUUAGUUUACAAGUCAUAUUUUUUUCGCAACAGCCGUUUUACGUAAAUUAUUUGACAUUAGGUUCUCAUACAAAGACUAUAAUUUCUCACACGCUUUCCUACUCGUCAAGAUGGCGUCGAAAACCGUGACAAGGUCUAUUCUUGUUAUCUUCAGGAUAGGCAUGCAUGGCAAUGGAGGUUGCACAUACAAGAAAACGAGUUUAAUUCCCGUCCCCACAAAAAAAGAACUUGCAUUAAAUGGCUCAUAUCAACCCUUAAAAUAGUUCAAUUUAUGAUUUAUUCACAACAAUUGUUAUUGCAGGAUUAGAGUCUCUGUAAGAGAUCAUCCAAUAUCCAAGUAUCUUUUGUCCGAAAAAGGAUAGCUGGGGCACUAAUUAAGGGAAUUGGUCAAAACUACUGUGCACAGCUCGGCCAGGGCUUACCAUUCUACAUAAAGACUGGUGUUGUCUUUGUUUUACCUAUCCCACCCCCCUUCUCCACCUCAAAAGGUGCUGCCUCAUUUUAAUAGCCCCCUCUCUAUCACUAGUAGGAAAUACUCUAAGUUUAAGAUUCAAAUGUCACUGUGCAGUUUAUCUGACCAUGAAAGUUUCAUGCACACAAGAUAUUUUAGUCUCACAUGAAAAAUUAUAGGCCAAACUUGUAUGUCCGUUGGGUCUUGGUGGUGUCUUAUAUACCCUCCUUACUCUUAGUCAAUGUGGGUCCUCAUCAACUACACUUCACUUUUCUGUCUCAUUUUUCAAUAAUAAUAACAAUAUUAUAGCAGGGAACCCACUUCACCAAAAGGUGCUCUUCAGUAGAGCCUUUUCACCGUUAAGCUCAAUGUUAUUGUUUCGGAGUCUACUUCCAGUAGUUAUAUUAUUUGUAUGAAAAGAGUUGCACAUUGCAUUGUUAACAACUCUAAGUUGACAACAUCUCCUGUGAAUUUAUGUCUUAGACAGAGGAUCAAGACUGCCCCAAGGUGCAGUGCCUUAACUGCCAAAAGUUAUUGUCAAUGAAUGAAGUUAAGGAGCACAAAACAUUAGGCAGUGGUGGACCAUCUACAUCUACAGAUCAGUAUGUAGACAUGUUACUGUUUACAUUGAUUAUGUUAUCUAAGAACACUCUACUCGAUCUGCAUCAUUCUUCAUAUUUCAUUCAGCCUCAUCCAAUAAUAAAUUGCUAAACAUCCUUAAUAGUCAUAUAUGAGAAUAAUAUUACGCUGUUGUGACUCUUCUGGUUAUCCUUUGGUACCCAAUUUAUUAUACAGUAGAAAGCUAAAAGCAAAACAAUCUUAUAUCAAACAGAGCAUAUGCACCCUCUGAUGUAUGAAUAUUUGCCCAUUAUUUUAUUUUUUGUGUACUGAUUUUACAUGGAUGUCAGCAAUGAUAAAUACAGUAAGGAAGCACAAAUACGGUAGUGACCUAGAAAUUUAAUUUAUCAGCAACGUUUGACUUUUUUUCAUGAGGAUAUUUGUCUAGCAUUCUUCAGUACUUGAUAUUUAACAAUUAUUCCUUGCGCCCAAAUGGGCUCCUAGUCAAUAGCAUGGGCUAUUGACUCAGACGCUGUGAGGGUAAGAGGAAUAACUGUUUUAGUAAAAUCCAACUAGUUGAUCAAAAAUAUUGAGAAUAAAAAAAUUUUAGCUAGUUAAAGCUAGACUUUAAUCCUUUUUUGCUGCCAAAAAGCCCGCGCUUUUCACUUCUAGACGGCUAUAACAUAUAGCCUAGUAGUAGCUCAACCAAUCCGAAUGCAGCCCUGAUAAUAGACCACUAGUUGAAUUUUACUAAAAUGCUAUUAUCUGGAUGAGGGGGGCGUAAGGGUUUGCGCUGGUGCAAUUUUACAUAAAUUGUCAUUUUAAAUUGUGUUAUUGCAGUUUUCCCAAACUAAGCGGUUUUCUUAUGUUAUUCUGUGCGGUGUUUAUACAUAUUUCUGUGCGGUUUUGCAGUUUUCGUACCCCUCCCCCCCACAUUGUAAUAUAUCUUGUAUAUACGCCCUGCUCCUUGAUUCAAGAUUAAGAGAAAGUCAUGUGACCUGUGCACUUUAUAACUGUAAAUUUACUUUUUACAUGUACGUGCAGGGAUAAUGGAAAUCAUGAGGUGCAGACUUCAACCAAUCACAAGACAGGUACUUUGUAUAGCUAAUUUUGAUUAUUUUUGAAAUGGUGAUGUUGUCAAAAUAUUGUGGUAUAAACAUGGAACAUCAGCUACCUCUAAAUAAUGGCAUUGACAGUGUUAACAAUACCUGUCAUUUAGAAUUUACUGUAGCCAUACAUUCACAUCAUUGUUUAAUAUUAUAUCAGGUCUACCACCAGAAGGUAAAUGUUCUUUUUGGAAUGUUCAUUGUCGAGAAAAAGGUGAUUUGUUCUUGCCAUUUAUGUCAAUGCCGUCUCUACACUCUCAAAGCUGAAGGCACUUUUCCCAAAUGUACCAUCUACUCAAAUACAAAAUGCACUGGAUGUGGUCAGUGGGGAUGUUAAUAAAGCUGCUGAUAUUCUUCUUUAG